AUGUCCGACGACGAGCGUGUCUCCAAGCCCUUCAAGUUCGUCACAGGUGUCGACGCCCGGUUCCCCAAUACGAACCAGACCAAGCACUGUUGGCAAAACUACGUCGACUACCACAAGUGCAUUCUGGCCAAGGGCGAGGAUUUCGCCCCCUGCCGCCAGUUCUGGCUGGCCUACCGGUCCCUGUGCCCUAGCGCCUGGUACAAGCGCUGGGAUGAGCAGAGAGAGGCGGGCAGCUUUCCGGCACGCCUGGAGUAA